AAGCUGGGAUGUGAGGAGGAGCUUGCAAGAUGGUUGACCCGUGCAAGAUAUCUCACAUGGUGCUCCUGGAGCCCCCUGGAGGAGGUCCCUGCCCUCUUGACGCUUCCUUGCUGCUUCGCCACCUGCCUCCCUACCCCGUGCCCAACCGCAACUACGCCGGGGGCUUCGACAACGUGGGAUUCGACUUGGAAUCCCUCGGCGAAGCGAGACAUGCUUGCCGACGUGCCGUUGUGGGCGUCGACGAUAGGACACACAUGUCCUCCGUCAGGCGGCAGCCUAAGUCUCUCCCGCCCACGCCCAUACUCACCACCCAUGCCCGCCGCGCUAGUUUACCGCAGCAAGACGACUCACACGUCGACGACAGAGACGACUCAUCAAGUAGGGAUGAUAAAGCAAGCGGAAAACCCGCCGAUAAAGGCGGUAGCGCGGAGUUAGGGGAGUUUGAAGGAGGCCGGAUGGCGGCCGGCGUCGAAAUUAACACAGUUGGGGCUGGCGUCGCGCCCUGCGGCACCCCACAGAAAACGGGCGCCGAGGAGAAAACGGUGUCUGGGAGGGGGUCGGCGGGGCGUGCGGGAGGCAGUAUACGUCCAGCCAUGGCAGGGGGAGCCACGCGGCCCUCCGCUGCCGCUAGUGUAUCCGUUGCGGGCACUUCGAGGAUGCCCACCAGUGCCCGAGUGUCUAGAGUGCCCCUACUGAGCGGUGCCAGUGUGUCGAGUGUUGUGUUGUGCGGCGCGCCUACCACUACAGCCGCCCCGAUUGUGAGUGCCCUCACUAAAGUGUCCAGUGUGAGGAUUGUGCCCACGCCCACGCCUACGCCCACGCCCAGUGGGCACGACACGCCCACUACCCAUCAGGCCAGGCCUAGCGCCCACCUGGCCCCGAGACCGGCCCCGAGGCCGCCUUCCAGGCCUUCUAGGCCUAGCAAUCAGGUUGUGGUGGCUGGCCAGUUGCCGCAGGCGGCGGGGGAGCCGCAGCUGCGGCCCCCACACCACCCCCUGACGCAGACGCAGACGCAGGAGCCGCAGCAGCACGCCCAAGAAGCGCGUCGCGGGGAACGCGAACGACGCCGCGAGCGGCGUCGCGAACGGCGCGAGCGUCGGGCCCACCGGUCCACUAUGGCCCACAGUGGUCCCCCUGGGCCCCUGGGCCACUGUGGGCCACCCGGGCCCCUGGGCCAUACGGACCUGCAGGAGACGAGCCCCCCGCCGCCCGCAGCCGCCCACGACGCCCAUCUCCCUGACCUGCUACACUCCCAUGUCCCCCCGCCCUACUCUACCCUGCCAGGAGGGGGGCGGGGGUUGAUGGGGCCGCCGCCCCCUACAGGGCCAGUUGGCCCCCCUCCCCCUCCCCCCAUGGGGCUGCAUGCCCCCCCUCCGCCGCCCCCGGGGCCGCCGCCCCCGGGGUUCGCCGCCCCUGUGCCUGGCUCGCCCCUGAGAUUGCCUCAUGAAAGUCCCUGGCCCUUCUUCGGCUCUAGAAGAUCUCGUGGGUCGCCCCGAGGGCCGCCGUACCUGGGGGAGGAGGAGGCCAAGUCCUGCUGUGGCCUGAUGGUAACUCAGGCCGUCAGCAUCCGUUGGUUCAUCAUCAUGAUCGCCUUCGUGGGCUUGUGCUGCACCGUCGUCGGCACCGUCCUCGGCGCCGUCAAGACCUACAACUCCGAGUACGUCACCAUCACGCUCCUCAUGAUUGGUGUGGGUAUCGUGUUGAUCACGGUGUCAGGAGUAGCGUGGCACUUGACUUCUCGUGAUGCCCCGUGUAGGGUCAUGCUGGGUCUGGCACUGCACGACCCUGCGCGCGGAGAACCACCUCGGAGAUUCAUGGCUCGUAUGGCACCCGCCUUCGGCCGACCCCAUCACCCAUACGCAGCAAUGAUGUACCCAGAAUUCCAGUACCGUCCUCCACCUCCGAGUUACCAAGCUUCAAUGCAAGAAUACAGGCUGCGGUUGCUACUAUUAGAUCGGCACCAGGGACACACUGCAAAUCCUCAAGCACCGUCACCACCCCCAACCUAUCGAUCUGGCCCUCAUAAUCUUAGAGGAUUAACAGUCAACACACUGGGUCGAGAGAGCAACUAUAGUCAUCCCCCGAGUUAUCGGUCUAGAGAAGGCUCUGUGUCACAAAACCCUGACGCCAUGCCCUCAUCUCAUCCAGCAGGCGCCUCCAUUGCACACUCAAGGGAUCCCUCGUGCUUAUCAUUCCUCUCCCACGACUCUAUAUAUUCUACUGCGGCACCACCUUCACAACAAGGUUCACUACGUGCUGCGCAGCUACUACAGAGAGAAAAGCUAGCCGUCAUGGAGGAGCAUUCCUCAAUACCACCGGCCAAGAAAGAGUGUCGUAAAGACGACAAUACCGUUACCAUUGUACAGACUACAGAUUCAUCACAAGUCAUUGGUUCCGAUGCUGUUGUUGUCACAGUAUCAGGUUCAAAUUACAUUACACCAUCAUCUCAACCCACCUCCAGUGAUGCUGAAAUAUCCGUCCUAGCUCACCUUUGACCUCAGUUAUUGCCUCUUCAAUCCAAACUCUAAGACAAAUAUUUACAAAACUAACUAAUGUUUUCACCAAUACCAAAUAUAUAUGUAUUUUCAUAUGUCAUUAAACAUACAGGCUUCUUACUAGCAGCCAUAUUUUUUUAAACUUUACCCUAUCAACCUGAUUAUGACAAUGUAUAUUAUAUGUACAAGCUCAUUUACUAUUUAACAACACAUUUCUACUGUAAGUCAUAUGUAUCACAUUCUACUACAGUACAUUUAUACAUCAAAUAUGUGUGUUACCUACUUGUAAAUAGACCAGCUUUGACAUAUAUUUAUCAUAUGAUACAACACAUGUCAAUUAGUUUUGUGAUAUAAUCUGUAGUCCUUCAUGCUAAACUCGUGUCACCUUAAGACAUCUUCAUCAUCGAGGUUAUGUCUAAAAACAAUUCCUCAGUGCUACUGUUCACGUUGUACGCUCAUACAAUCUGUUGAAACAAAUUACAUUUAUUAAAAAAAGAACAAACCUA